AUGUCGGACUCGGACUUCGAGCAGAUCCGCAAGCUGCAGGCCGAGCGCAACGCCGCUGCAGCAGCCAAGAAAGGAGCCUCACGAGACCUCUCCUCCCAGCGCGACUCGUCCACCAAGGCCAGCCUCACCGAAGCCUAUGACACCGACCUCUACGAGCGAAAUGGCGCCGACAAGUUUGCCGGAUACCACACCUCGCUGCCUGCCGGCGACGACGAUGGCGAUGACAUGGACGUCGAUGGCCCCGACAACUCCCGCCGCCUGGUCGGGCAGUACACCGCCACCCAGGCGCAGAUCGACGAGUUCUCACGAGGCGAGGGUGUCGAAGAGGAGGAUGUGCUGCUGGGCAAGGGCGAGCGCAGCAACCGCAUCUCGGAUCGAGAGACCGACUACCAGAAGAGGCGCUUCGACCGCGUGCUGACCCCCACACGUGCCGACCCCUUUGCGGCGAACAGGCAGGCGGCCGCCGCGGGCCAGGAUGGCGAGACCUACAGAACCGUCAUGGAAAAGGCAGAGCUGGAGCGAGAAGAGGAACGAGUCAGGAAGGCCAUCGAGGAUAAGAUCAAGAAUGGGGAUGCCGAUGCGACCGAGGAGCACAAGCCGACGCUGGCACUGACCAACGGAGACAAGGAAAACGAGGAAGCCGGCUCUACAGAGGCUGCGGCUGGUCGGAAGCGCAAGAAGAGGUGGGAUGUGAGUUCGGCGGAUGACGCGACACCUGCGCCAGAAGCACAGCCGGAGAAGAAGAAGCGGUCGCGCUGGGACGAAGCUCCCGCGAUCCAGGUUCCGGGCGCCGAAGUCAAGAAGCGGUCGCGCUGGGACCAGGCUCCAGCGGCCACGCCCGUUGGCAACACCGGACUUGCCACGCCCAUGCACCCCUCUCAAGGCUCGAUGCUUCCGGCAGCUCCUCUUGGCAUGGACAUGUCAGCACGCAAUGCGCCCAUUAGCGACGAGGAGCUCGACGCCAUCCUGCCGGGCGAGGCUGACGGAUACAAGGUUCUCGAGCCACCGCCAGGAUACGCCCCAGUUCGUGCUCCUGCACACAAGCUCAUGCAAACUCCGGUUCAGACGACCGGGUUCAUGAUGCAGGACCCCAACUCAGCGCGGCUGGCUGGGAAUCAGCUACCAAAGGAGAUUCCCGGUGUUGGUGAUUUACAGUUUUUCAAGCCAGAGGAUAUGCAGUAUUUCUCCAAACUUACCGAGACUGUCGACGAGGAACAUCUGAGCGUGGAUGAGCUCAAAGAGAGGAAGAUCAUGAGGUUGCUCCUCAAGAUCAAGAACGGUACACCGCCCAUGCGAAAGACUGCACUGCGUCAGCUGACCGACAAUGCACGAAGCUUCGGCGCCGGCCCGCUAUUCAACCAGAUCCUGCCGCUUCUUAUGGAGAGGACGCUUGAGGAUCAGGAGCGCCACUUGCUGGUGAAGGUCAUUGACCGAGUGCUGUACAAGUUGGACGAAUUGGUGAGGCCAUAUACGCACAAGAUCCUCGUUGUCAUCGAGCCUCUUCUGAUCGAUCAAGACUACUACGCCCGUGUCGAGGGUCGUGAGAUUAUCUCCAACCUCGCCAAGGCCGCUGGCUUGUCAACUAUGAUCAGUACCAUGAGACCUGAUAUUGACCACGUCGAUGAGUACGUUCGAAACACAACGGCUCGUGCUUUUGCAGUUGUCGCCUCGGCCCUCGGAAUUCCGGCCCUUAUUCCCUUCCUGCGAGCUGUUACGCGAACCAAGAAGAGCUGGCAGGCACGACACACGGGUGUCAAGAUUGUGCAGCAAAUUGCUAUCCUAAUGGGUUGUUCCGUGCUACCUCACCUCACAGACCUAGUCGAAUGCAUCAGGCCCAACCUGAACGACGAGCAGACCAAGGUGCGUACCGUCACGGCGCUCGCGACCGCGGCACUGGCUGAAGCUGCCAACCCUUACGGUAUUGAAAGCUUCGACAGUAUCCUCAACCCGCUGUGGACGGGCACGAAGCGACAACGAGGAAAGAACUUGGCUGCGUUCCUCAAGGCUGUUGGUUUCAUCAUCCCGUUGAUGGACGAAGAGUACGCGAAUUACUACACGUCACAGAUUAUGGAUGUUGUGCUACGAGAAUUCCAGAGCCCUGACGAUGAGAUGAGGCGUGUGGUCUUGACAGUGCUUUCCAAGAUGUCCCAGACUGAAGGAGUCACUGCAGGUUACCUCAAGUCUCACGUGCUGGAUGACUUCUUUUCCAACUUUUGGGUCCGGAGAGUGGCACUUGACAAACGAAACUACCGCUCGGUUGUCGAGACCACCUGUGAUCUUGGGCAGAAAGUUGGUGUCAGUGAGAUUCUGGAGAGGAUCGUCGGCAACCUGAAAGACGAGAGCGAGGCCUACCGUAAAAUGACCGUCGAAACUAUUGAGAAGCUUGUCGCAUCUCUUGGCGCUGCUGACAUUGGUGAGAGGUUAGAGGAGCGGCUUAUCGACGGUAUCCUCCACUCGUUCCAGGAGCAGUCGGUCGAAGACGUCGUGGUGCUGAACGCCUUUGGCUCAUGCGUCAACGCGCUGGGCACAAGGACCAAGCCAUACCUGCCGCAAAUCGUCAGUACUAUCCUCUGGCGGCUCAACAACAAGAGUGCGGCAACCCGACAGCAGGCUGCCGACCUCAUUUCUCGCAUCGCAAUGGUCAUGGCCCAGUGCGGCGAAGACGCACUCCUAGGCAAGCUCGGCAUCGUGCUUUACGAAUACCUGGGCGAAGAAUACCCCGAGGUUCUCGGCGCCAUCCUUGGUGCCUUGCGAUCAAUCGUCACCGUCGUCGGCAUCAACCAAAUGCAGCCGCCCAUCAAGGACCUGCUCCCGCGGCUGACGCCCAUCCUGCGCAACCGGCACGAGCGGGUGCAGGAGAAUGUAGUUGACCUGGUCGGGCGUAUCGCCGACCGCGGCCCCGAGUCUGUUAACGCGCGCGAGUGGAUGCGUAUUUGCUUUGAGCUGCUCGACAUGCUUAAGGCACACAAGAAGGGCAUCCGCCGCGCUGCCAACAACACCUUUGGUUUCAUCGCCAAGGCCAUUGGCCCCCAAGAUGUGCUGGCGACAUUGUUGUCCAACUUGCGGGUGCAGGAGCGUCAGAGCCGUGUUAACACGGCAGUUGCCAUCGGUAUCGUCGCUGAGACUUGCGCACCGUUCACGGUCCUCCCAGCGCUGAUGAACGAGUACGCGUCAGUGGCGGAGCUCAACGUGCGCACGGGCGUGCUCAAGUCGCUCUCGUUCCUGUUCGAGUACAUCGGCGAGAUGGCCAAGGACUACGUGUACGCAGUAGUGCCACUUCUCGAGGACGCUCUCAUCGACCGAGACCAAGUGCACCGGCAGACGGCGGCGUCGGUGGUGAAGCACAUUGCGCUCGGCGUCGUCGGCCUCGGGCUCGAGGACGCGAUGCUCCACUGCCUCAACCUCAUCCUGCCCAACGCCUAUGAGCAGUCUCCCCACGUCAUCGACCGUGUCAUCGAGGCCAUCGAGGCUAUUCGUGUCGCUGUGGGCCCCGGUCUCGUCAUGAACUAUGUCUGGGCUGGGCUGUUCCACCCUGCGCGCAAGGUGCGCCAGCCGUUCUGGAGGAUUUAUAAUGAUGCCUAUGUCAUGCAGGCUGAUGCUAUGGUGCCUUAUUACCCUAACCUUUCUGAAGAUGGCAUUGAUCGUGGGGAGUUGGGCAUUAUCUUGUAG